UGAUUGAAUUUAUAACCCAACCUUACCUGAAUGAAUAAAAGUGUCUGAAGGUUUCUGGAAUGAGGAAGAAAGGACUUUUGUGAUAGGUAACACUUGUUAUCAAUGGUUGGUUAAUAUUAAUGUUAAUGUUAAUGUUAUGUUGUCUUAUGUUGUGUUGUGGACUCAAUCUCAGUCUCACUCUGUUCUUGUAAGAGAAUGAAUUCCAUCGUUUACAUGUCUUCUAAGACUUUCCAACUAAAUCUUCUAACAAUCGGUUCUCUUCACAACGCUUUAUCUGUCACCUCUUUCUCUUUUCCUUUUCACCAUACCCACUCUCUCUCUCUUUCUUUUCCCUCUCCCUCUCCCUUCCGCCCUCCGACAACCGUCUUCUCCGCCGUCACGGCUGAGCAGCCGCCCCCGCCGCCCGUGAGAAUGGUGGCCGUCGUUGGCCACGGAGCUUCCAGCCCUCUCAAGUCCGCAUCUUGGGAGCAAGUCAUGCUUCACACUGCAAAGAGAUUGAAAUGGGUUGAUGAAGGGUACGAACUUCUUGUAUUUACUGAUGAAUGUAUUAUAUCUAAUGGACAAAUGUCCAUGAGACUCCAGAGAGAAUUACUGAAUGCUGAUAUAUUGGUAAUUGUUGCUGUUACAAACAAGGAAUCUGUUGAGUGGAUCAAUAUCAACAGCAAAACUGUUCAAAAUGUAAUAUUCCUUGACUCUUCACCAGAUUCGAAGAACAAAUUAGGAGGUUAUGAUGUUCCCGGUGAAGUGAGACGAAGUAUAUUUGGAAACUUUUUUGGAAAUUCUCAGUCUGAUGAAGCUAAAGAAUCAUAUGAAGUACUGCAAACUGUUUCCGAAGCAUGGGAUCGACAUAAUUCUGACGAUAUAAGAUUCUGUUUGCUGGUACUAAUCAAUGCUUAUAUAAGGCCAGUUCCAGUAUUGAAGAACUUGAGAGCCAAAGGUUUUUCUACCUUGAAUUGUAUGUUGAGGAACUGCGGUCGUCAGGUACUUAAUUGCUUGUUGGAUCCCAAUUGUAGAAAAGCUCUUCAGUGCUUGAAUCAAUGUAGUCCUGUUGAUCAAGUGUGCAACUACAGAUGUAUUGCUUCGUAUGAAAGUGGAAAUCUAGAAGCCUUUUCAUUAUGUGUGUUACAGAAAAACAACUGUCUUGAGUUGGAAGCUGAAAUCCCUGACAAGCCAUGUGUGCCUCCAAUGAUCAAGUUUAGGGGGCAGAACAUGAGUCAUGAAAUGGCUGAAGAUUUGUUUGUUGGUUGGUUGGGGAGUUUGCAGUGGAGCUGGCGUGUUGUAGCAGGUCAGAAUCCAGCAUAUGAUCAGUUUCCAUGCCAGUACCAGCUAUUCUAUAGGGGAAAGGCAAAAGGGUCAUUUUGGUAUGAGCCAGUAUUUCAAGUAAAAACAUUGGAAGGCCAAAUGGUGUGGAGGAGGAGAAAAUAUAGGGUCAAAAGAGGUAAGGUAGCUGGAACAUUCUAUUUCAGUGUACUAGAUAAUGGAGUUGUUUCAAAUGAGUUUUGGACCAUAGUGGAUGUUGCUGAUAAUCUUAGUUGGGGUUUGUUCCAUUAUCACGGGGCUGCUAGAGCUGCAGGGCAGUCCUAUACUGGGGCAGUACUUGUUAGUCCAGAUGGGGCUUUUCCAAGUGACAGAGAGAGGACAAAGGUAGAUGCUGCACUAGACAAAUGUGAAAUUAAAGAGUGGGAACUAUAUUCUGUUGACAAUUGUUCAUGCAAAGAUGCUCCCUUGGGAAUUCCAGAGGGUUCAAUUUUACAUACCAUAGUCCAAAUUGAAGAUCCAGAGUAGAUGUUUGUCUGAUUAUUUGUGCAUGUAACUAAUUAGAAUUGUUGAUAUUAUCAAACCAGUUACGUUCAGCAAACCUCCAGAUUCAAUAUUCAAAGCAGGUUGAGUUUUUUUUUU